GGAAGGUUCGCCUGGUGAACAUGUCGAAAUCACGCGCCAACAUUGGACGUCCAAGUAGAGGGCGGAUGGUGAGGACGGCGACAGCCUUCCAGGGAAGCAUGCUGUCCAUCGCCGCGGUUGCGGCAUUUGACUGGGAGUUUGUAUGGGCUUUGUGGUGUGAUUUGGACCAAUUCGUCAGUUUCUGAUUGGAGAAAAGUCAACCGCACCGCCGACAAUGGACCAGCAGCUCGUCUUGGUCUGUCUCCUCGUCGGCACUGGAAGGAAGGAGAACCCGUUCGUGGUGGCCGCGAAUGCGAAUGACCUUGUCGGGCAAGUCAAGCAAAUUAUCUUAAAGGAGAAGCCGCGGACAUUCGAGUCGAUCGAAGCAGACGAGUUGGUGUUGUACAGGUGCCGCAACCAGGACCCGCUCGACCUCAACAUUCUCCAAAAGCUGGAAAAGCCCGCGGCGCAGGUCGUGCUUCAGAUGCACGUGGGAGGCCUUGUCGAGGAGAUGACUGUGUUCUCGAAGCUGCGCAAGUACUUUGAAGUGCCUCCCGAAGACGAACGCAUUCACGUGCUGGUCAAGCUUCCGCUACAAGCUGUGCCCAAGAUCGCCGCUGCACGUGCAGCUCGUGGUAUUCCUCUGGACAAGAAAUUGACUGCCAGUAUGCAGGUUGGUCCAAAGUCAUGCCUUAUAUCCUCAUGGUAGAGCAGCUAUUGCUCGACGACGACAAAGACAAGGCUGCUGCUGCUGCCGCGAUGUCGGCAUCGUCGUCGGCGUCAUUGGUGGCACGUCAAGCAGCAGCCUUGUCUACGACACAGUCCCCAUCCGCAGCCAUGGCGCUUCAGGAGCCCAAGAAGCGCGGGGCAGGGAAGCGACUCACGGACAAAGAACGCAUGGAGAUUCUCAGCGUGAUCGACUCUGGUGCGAAAAUCACCCACGUCGACUUGGCCCUGCGGUACGGCAUUUCCGAAUCUGCGAUCCGCAAGCUGCGGAAGAACAAGGGCGAGGUCCAGAAGCGCUACCUUCUGGGCAACAAGCACGUGCGGGACCUCCGGCAACGCGGCUCCAAGCUCGGGAACGCUGCGUUCGAAGACGAGCUUUACCGGCUUAUCUUUGAGAUGCAAUCGCACGAGUCUCGUCUGAGCUCGACGUUUGUGCGGAAAAAGGCACUGGAGAUCGCGCCCAAGUACAACAUGAUGUCGUUUAAAGCGAGCGCGGGGUGGUACCGGCGGUUCUGUUCGCGGUACCACUUGAAUGCCAACACGGGGGCGCUGCACCUGCAAUCGCUCGUGGACGAUGCGGACGAGGCUGCGUCGUCCAUGAUGCAGCAGAACCUCAUGCAGAUGCACAUCGAGAGCAUGAAUCACGCCCAUCUCCAUGCCCAUCACAUGACAGUUCACGACGUUGUCGGGGACGAAAUCACCGACUCAGCGGAUGUCGCAGAGCACAUCAUAUAAAAACACGAUUGUAGUCCACGUGAUGUGCAUGGCGCCGCGACCGAGCAGGUCCUCC